UAGGGGCUACCCCAUAGUACAUACGUACAACCAUACGAAUUGCACAGGUUAUCUAGCGCCGGCCUACAACAGGAAUCGUCCUUCGGGCCCCAAUACACCCAUACAUACACUUCCUCACGUACUACCUAACGGUCAUUGUCGACCAGCUGAAGCCUCGUCUUCCUUCGAAGUCUGAAUUUCGGUUUGGAAUUCAGUCUUUACUUUAUUACCAUCCGCUCUUCGAGAAAUACAGCCCCUUCUACCUUUUAAGUAUUAGAUCUGGCGAAACUCCCACAAGACCAAUCCAGGAAGCCCCUCACCAUUUAUCACUUCCUGUCGUCGGUUUUACCCCACGUCGCGAUGAGUUGUGAGUUAUCUUGCUUGCGCUUCCAAGGCCCCCCCUGGCUUAGCUCGACAUGUAUCCCCUCUUUGUUUCGGAAGAAAAGCAACCAAGGUUGUUUCAGCUAUUUCUUAGUCAAUUCGCAAUUUGUCUCAAUUCUUGAGUCGAAUUGUCGAAUGUACAAUACCCUAUUGAAAACCACCAUUUACUAAUUUGUGAUACCUUUAACUAGUCAACGCCAUGUUUAGUAGCCUUCGAGGCCAGCCCGAAAGCUACGAGAGGAAAGCGAAGUACAGGUUUGGGCGAACUCUAGGUGCGGGCACAUACGGUAUCGUGCGCGAAGCAGACAGUCCCAACGGCAAAGUUGCUAUCAAGAUCAUCCUCAAGAAAAAUGUCAAGGGAAACGAGAAAAUGGUUUGGGACGAGCUGGAGAUGCUCCAGCGUCUAAAACACCCCCAUAUUGUUCGCUUUGUGGACUGGUUUGAAUCGAGGGACAAGUGGUAUAUCGUCACUGAGCUCGCCACUGGUGGUGAACUCUUUGAUCGCAUUUGCGAACAGGGCAAAUUCACAGAGAAAGAUGCUUCUCAGACCAUCAAGCAAGUUCUCGGAGCUGUUGAUUACCUCCACAAUAGAAAUGUGGUUCAUCGAGAUCUCAAGCCAGAGAACCUUCUGUAUCUAAGCAAAGAUCCCGAUUCCGACCUAGUUUUAGCGGAUUUCGGAAUCGCGAAAAUGCUCGACACCAAAGACGAGGUCCUUACCACGAUGGCAGGCUCUUUCGGUUACGCGGCACCGGAAGUCAUGCUAAAGAAAGGCCAUGGCAAACCUGUGGAUAUGUGGUCCUUGGGCGUCAUCACGUAUACCCUCCUCUGCGGUUACUCCCCUUUCCGCUCAGAGAACUUGCAGGACUUGAUCGAUGAGUGCAGCAACGGGAAAGUAGUCUUCCACGAGCGAUACUGGAGGGACGUCAGCGAUGAUGCGAAAGACUUCAUCAUGCGCCUCUUACAGCCGGAUCCAGAUGAUAGGUGGACUAGCCAGCAAACUUUGAAGCACCCCUGGCUCAGUGGUGAAAAUGCCACAGACCACAACUUGUUACCAGAAAUCAAGGCCUAUAUUGCCAAGGCACGCCUGCGCCGUGGUAUCGAGCUCGUCAAACUGGCCAACCGUAUCGAGGCGCUCAAGAUUCAAGAAGACGACCCCGAGAACCCCGAUUUCUCCGACAGCACGGUGGCCACGGCCGGCCAAAACAAACCAGGCACGGCCUCGUCAAAGGACGAGCCGAGCACCGGCAAGGGCAAGCUAACGCGCGCAAUGAAAGGUGCCAUCUUCCGCGAAGUAGUACUGGCCAAGGUGCGCGAGAUGAAGGAGCAAGAGCAGACGCUGAAAGUAAAGGAAGAAGUAGAAAAGGAGGCCAAGCGGAAGAGCUUCCAAAAUUAGUGAAGGGGGAGCGAUAGAAGAAACGAUGCUGUAGAUGGUUAGUUGGGUUAGAUACCCCCUCAUUCCUGGAAAGGGCAAUGGGAAUGGAAGUUAUAUGGAUGUACUAGGGUUCGGCACAUAAAAUGCGUUCAUUCGUGACUUGAGUCACUACAUUGCCUAUGUUGUUAUAUACCUACCUGCCUAGGCAAUGUACAUAUGUAGGAAAGGGUUGGCGAGAUGGCGAUGGGUGCCGGUUCUUCGGGCAAAGGUCGAGCAAGCACGGAUCCUCAUGUUCUGUUCCUUUUUCCCUUGGGUAACUUCUUUUACUUCGUUCAGAUAUCCGCUCUGAGUAAGGGCCCGUUGAGCUACGUUAAGUCAGUUAUUGUGUGGCGUAAAUGACUAGUAGGUACCCAGGCAUUACUAAACUACCAAGGCGUUAUGCUAGGGGAUUUGUGGUAUUCCCUGAAAUCCUACGUAUGUGCCUACCUAGGUAGUUAUUCGGUCUGGUCUAUAUCCUGGAAUGCUUAAUCUUCAGUCUCUAUGUGAGGUGCCUAUGCAUACAUACAUGCAUUUUGAACCGAACAUCACACGUUGUCAAAAAUCUCCGCA